UUUUUGUGUUUUUAACGGUCUAAUACUCUGUGAACGGGCGUGGUAAGCGGUGCGGCUGCGCGAACUGAGUUUAUUUUUCUACAAUGAAAUAAAAAAGUAAUGGGAGAAACUUAUUUUUACAUUCCUGCAAAACUUUUGUAAAUAGUAGACUUUUGUUAUUUUCGGCUUAUGAUAGUGAGUGUAAAUCCUAAUGUUCCUGUGUUACUUAUGUUGAGCUGCGGCCAGGCGUUUCCAUGGGCGUUAACUUCAUAACAAUACAAAAGGAACUAUGAAUCUCAUAUUUUUAUACAUAAUUUCAACAACAGUAUUACUGUGUUCAGCACAGGAUUACACAAACUUGCCUGGCUCCGAUGUGAACCCUACAAAUGACUAUAAUGCUAAUUAUGACCCAAACAAUCCAAGAUAUGACAACCCCUAUGAUCCAGCCAGAAAAUACAGGCCAGAUAACAGGGGCCAGCUGAACCCCAACCAGUAUGAUCCAAACAGGAGCCAGUAUGAUCCCACCAGAAGUCAGUAUGAUCCAACCAGAAGUCAGUAUGAUCCUACAAGGAGUCAGUAUGAUCCGACUAGGAGUCAGUAUGAUCCAAAUAGGAGCCAGUACGACCCAAUAAGAAAUCAAUAUGAUCCAACAAAUAAUCAAUAUGACUCAAACAGAAAUCAAUAUGAUCCAAUAAUUUAUGAUCCAACUGAUCCAGACCGUUAUAAGAUCAGGAAUGAUCCAAAUGCUUAUAAUCCUGAGGCCACACCCAGGGUUCCAUAUGACACUGGCAGGGGAGCAGCCGGGGCCUUCCAACCUCCCAGUUCUGAAUAUGACAACCUCAUCAUAAAUGAAGCGACAUACUUCAUUGUAGCAUCAAGGAUGGUGCGACCGGGUCAGAUAUACAAGAUAUCUGCCAACAUCCUCAGAGCUAAGUUGCAGAUGACUAUAAGAGCCUCUAUUUCCUGCAAUGGAGUGGAGAUAUCUGAUGUCAAUGCAAGAGUCAAAGAGGGAGUGCCAGAGAUAUUGAACAUGAGAAUCCCGGCUACCACAGUCCCAGGCGACUACAAGUUGCGAGUCGAGGGGCUAUACUUAGACGAUCCAUUCGGAGGGAAGGCUUUCGUGAACGAGACCCAGCUCACAUUCUCCAGGCGGUUCAUGACCAUCUUCAUACAGACUGACAAGCCUGUGUACAUGCAAGGGCAGACUGUUAAAUUCCGUACGAUCCCAAUCAACACGGAGCUGAAGGCGUUCGGCCACUCCAUCGACGUGUUCAUCCUCGACCCCAACGGACGCAUCAUGAAGCGCUGGCUCUCCAGACAGAGCAACUUCGGCACGGUGUCCCUCCAAUACUCUCUGUCGGACCAGCCGCUGUUUGGCGAGUGGUCCAUCCGCGUGGAGGCGCUGGGGCAGCUGGAGCAGACCACGUUCCUGGUCGAGGAGUACUACCAGACGCGCUUCGAGGUGAACGUGACAAUGCCAGCCUUCUUCUUCAACACGGACCCGUUCAUCUACGGUCGCAUAAUGGCCAACUACACGUCCGGCGCGCCGGUGCGGGGCAACCUGACGCUGAAGGCCACCGUGAGGCCGAUCCCGCAGUACCGGCCGCGGUAUUACCGGGACGGGCAGUUUAAUAACCGCGGGCAGUUCGGCGGUCCGGUGCCGUAUGGGAAUAAUCAGUAUACUCGAGUUCGUCAAAACUACAACCCCUAUUUAUACAACGAAACCGGCUUCCAGUCUCCAUUCAACCUCGGGCCUGGACAGAUGAUAGACGAGUUCGGUCGCGUGUCGGAGCAGCUGUACCUGCCGGGGCAGCCCAACCAGAAGGACCAGCCGGACUGGUGGUACGACAAGCAGAAGGUCUACACCAGGGUCUUCAACUUUGAUGAAAAGUACCCGUUCUGGAUGACAAAACCCGACCCCGUGACCUACGCGCUCAACCAGAACAACGAGAAUAACCCCAACAGCCCCAACUACAACCCCAAUAGCCCCACGUUCCAGAAUAACCCCAAUUACCAGAAUAACCCCAACUAUAACACGUAUAAUACGGCCGGACAGUCGACUUACUCGAGCUAUUACGGGAAUAACGGGUAUUAUGAUCAGCUGCCGUAUUUGAGAUUUUUCAACGGCACAUACGACUUCAAGUACCCGAUGGCGGAGCUUGCUCAGCUGGUGCCCCAGUUGGACGGCGUGGAGGUCAUCAUCACGGCGAGCGUGGGGGACCCCUUCCUGGAUGACGUCAUCGAGGGCUACAGCAUCGCCAGAAUAUACAAUUCGUCGGUAGCAGUCACCAUUCUGGGAGGUUCGCCUCAGGUCUUCAAGCCGUCCAUGCCUUUUGAUGUCUAUAUGGUGGUAUCCUACCACGACGGCUCCCCCCUCCCAGCCUGGCAGGCGGCGGGGGUGUCUCUCACAGUGACGGCGGCGGUGGAGGGGCGCGGGGGCGCGGGGGAGCCGCUGCACCCCACGCUCGUGCCCGGGCACAACAACGUGUGGAGGCUCACUAUAGACCUCUACCACUUCUUGAAGCUACAAAACGACCGCAACUACCGCGAAGUCCUUAACGGCAUAACCGGAGUGCGGCUCUCUGCCCAGCUGAUAGACGCCACCGGCGGCCGCGCCAGCGCCGACGCACACUUCAUAGCUCACUACAGCCCCAAGAACAGACACAUCCGAGUGUCCACCAGCACUAAUGAUGCCAGGGUUGGCGAGUACAUAAUAUUCCACGUGCGGACCAACUUCUACUUGGAACACUUCAACUACCUGGUGCUGUCCAAGGGCAUCAUCCUGACGGCCGGACAGGAGAUCAUGCCGGAGGGCGUCCGAACCUUCGCCGUGACUCUAUCAGCAGAAAUGGCUCCCGUGGCGACCGUGCUAGUGUGGUGCACGGCGCGCGGACACGUGCUGGCGGACUCGCUGACAUUCCCCGUCAACGGCAUCUCGCGCAACAACUUCACAGUAUACAUCAACAACCGCAAACACCGUACGGGCGAACGAGUCGAAGUGGCGAUCUACGGCGAGCCCGGAGCCUAUGUCGGACUGUCGGGCAUCGACCACGCCUUCUAUACCAUGCAGGCCGGCAACGAACUCACUUAUGCUAAGGUGAUAUCAAAGAUGUCGCACUUCGACGAGGCGACCAACGGCACGUUCGCGUACACGUGGCGCUCGCACGCCGGCGACGCGGACCAGCUGGUCUACUUCCCCGCUGCGGGCUUCGGCAUCGACGCCAACAGGACCUUCGGUUUCGCCGGCCUCGUCGUGUUCUCCGACGUGCCAGUGACCCGGCGGUACAGUCAGUGCAACGAGACACUAGGCCAGGCCGAGUGCCUGGAGGGGGGCUGCUACCCGUUCAGCAAGCGAUGCGACGGAGUGUACGACUGUGCCGACCACACGGACGAGUCCAACUGCGAGCGCAACGACGAGUUCGAACUGUCCCACUUCCGAAAGUUCCGCUUCAACCGCAUCCAGCGGCAGUACGACAACUCGUGGCUGUGGCGGGACGUGAACCUGGGACCGCACGGGCGCCACGUGUUCACGGUGGACGUGCCCCGCGCGCCCGCGCACUGGACCGUCAGCGCCGUCAGCAUGUCGCCGCACACCGGCCUGGGCAUGCUGGCCACGCCGCUGCACUACACCGGCAUCCUGCCAUUCUUCAUCAAAGUGGAAGGGCCGGACCGCUGCCGCAGCGGUGAACAAGUCGGCCUUCGCGUGGCCGUGUUCAACUACCAGCAGACGGCCAUCGAGGCCGUGGUCGUGCUGGCCGCCUCCACGCAGUACAAGUUCGUGCACGUCGAGGAGAAUGGCAUCGUCCGCUCCUACAACCCGCGCACAUCCUUCGGCGAGCACCAGUUCUUCGUGUACAUCCCUGCGGGGGACGCGGCCACGGUGUACCUGCCCGUAGUGCCCGCGGCGCUGGGCCUCAUGCGCGUGCGCAUACACGCGCAGACGCUUAUAGGGGAGCACCAUUAUGUCAAGGAGAUCCAGGUGGAGGCGGACGGUCUACCCCAACACCGGCAUCAGUCAGUGCUACUGGACUUGUCCAACCGCGCCUACGUGUUCCAGUAUAUGCACGUCAACGUCACCGAGACGCCGAUUAUACCGUACGAGGUGGACCGCUACUACGUGUUCGGCUCGAACCACGCUCGCGUGUCCAUCGUGGGCGACGUGGUCGGCGCACUGUUCCCCACCAUGCCCAUGAACGCAACCAGCAUGCUGCACCUGCCCAUGGACUGCGCAGAACAGAACAUGUUCAGCUUCGCCGUCAACAUGUACUUCACCCUGUACAUGAGGCUCAUCAACCAGCGCUCGCGCGAGCUGGAGAAGCAGGCGUUCGCGCACAUGAACAUCCUGUAUCAGCGGCAGAUGUCGUUUAUGAAGUACGACGGCUCGUUCAGCCUGUUCCGGAGCGAUUGGAACCAAUCAGCGUCGAGCGUGUGGCUGACGUCAUUCUGCGCCAAGAUCUUCCAGGACGCGUCCUUCAACGAGUGGGAGAACUUCAUAUACAUCGACCCCGACGUAAUCUCAAUGGCGGUCUCCUGGAUCCUGGACCACCAGACGCCGCAGGGUGCGUUCUACGAGGUCACGUGGCUGCCCAACCGCAACGACAACGGCACUAUAAAUAUACCUAAAGACAGUCAGCUGUAUAAAGACAAUGCGGGCCUGUUUCCUAAUGCUAGAGAGGUGAACAACUCGAUAAUCCUGCAGCGCAACAUCACGCUGACGGCGCACGUCGUCAUCACGCUCGAGACCGUCAAGAACCUCAAGGAUAUCGGCGUCAGGGAGGGUCUAAGCGCCCGCGUGGUGCGAGCCCAAGAGCGCGCCAUCAAAUGGCUGGAGGACCACUUGAAGCUACUCGAUGACUUCGGCUCGCCGUACGACCUCGCCGUGGUCGCCUACGCACUCACCUUCGCUAAGGCGCCCAGCUCUGAACAUGCUUAUGUGCUGCUGAAGAAGAGACAGCGAUCUGAAGGCGGACUAGUCUACUGGGGCAAAGAGCGAGUCCCGCAACCCCCAUACAAGAUGGAAAAUCAAAAACCCUUCCUUCUGCCCCGCCUUCCAUACAAAUACGACUCCAGCAACAUCGCGACCACAGCGUAUGCGCUGCUGGCUUGUAUGGAGCAUCAGGACGACAAUGAGCCGAUAGUCAUGUGGCUUAAUUCGCAGAGACUGACGGAUGAGGGCUGGGCUAGCACGCAGGACACAUACAUAGCUCUGCGCGCACUCAUCGAGUACACGAACCGCGCGCGCCUCCGCGACGUGAGCGCGCUCACAGUGAGCGUGGACGCGGUGGCGCUGCGCGGGCCCGCCGCCGCGCUCACCGUGCGCAACGAGCAGCUGGCCACCGAGCACACCGUGCACAUCCCCGAAGCGUGGGGCACCGUCAAGGUGACGGCCAAGGGAGCCGGGUACGCCAUACUGCAGAUGUCGGUCACCUACAACGUGGACAUCGCCAAGUUCCAGACGCAGCCGCCGCAGAGAGCCUUCUCGCUACUCACCCAUGCUCACUUCCAUGGCCGGAACCAGUCGCACAUCGAGUACCAGACUUGCGCCAGCUGGACCUACCUAGACGAGUCCCCCCGUUCAGGCAUGGCAGUCCUAGACGUGGGCAUCCCGACGGGCUACAUGGUGCAGCAGCAGCGCCUCGACGCCUACGUGCUGUCGCGCGCCGUGCCCACGCUGCAGCGCGCCAAGUACCUGCCCACUAAAGUGCUGUUCUAUCUGGACUAUCUGGACCCGGAGCCGACGUGCGUGAACUUCACGGUGGAGCGCUGGUUCCCCGUGGCCAACAUGUCGCGCUACCUGGCCGUGCGCGUGUACGACUACUACUCGCCAGAGCGUUUCAACGAGACGAUAUUCGACGCGCUGCCCACGUACUUACUCAACAUCUGCGAGGUGUGUGGCUCGUCGCAGUGUCCGUACUGCGCCAUCUACAACCACGCCCUGCGCGCCGCCGCCGCCGCGCCGCUGUUGGUCAUAGCUGUGGUGGUGGCCGUGGCGGGCUAUAUCGCGCCGGUUGGCCGGCUAAGGGUGUAGUAUAGCUGGUGUCCUGUCUUACCGCCACCGAUACUUUAGCAAUGAACAAUCUUUUAAUAAGUUAUGCACCAGUUUCAUCACUCUCUUGGAUCAUAACAAAGUAUUGACUAGUUUUGAUACAUCUGUCAAGCAUUUAAUAUGGAGAUGAUGUAUAAUUGAUGACAUUACAAUGUAACAGGGGUGUUAAUCAUUUAACAACUUUGGUGAAACUAGUCAUAAAUAUUCUGUCAGAUAUGUAAUUAUUUUUUUCAGUAUUGACGGAUGAGCUAUGCUGUGUUUGGGUGGUUGAUUGCUAAUGUACGGUACGGUAGCAGGGAAUGUCUAGGUGCGAUUCCCAUUCAUUUGGCAAGCGAUAGUGAAAGACAAAAAAUAAAUAGACUUUACUAAGGAGUCCACCAUGAUAAUACCACUUUUUUGGACUUCCAACACCGAAGAUCUGGGAAUAACAAAGAUACAAAGCUGCCGUAACCUAAUCUCACCGUUUUCAAAGCUAUUCGGUGUAAAGUUGGAUUAUGUACAUUAUGUGCAUUUUAAUAACUAUAACAAUUUUCUGACGACUAAAGUUAAAAGAUCUUAAAAGUAAUUGUAAGGAGAACUUAUAGGAGUUUAAAUUUACCUCAAAGAGAAGUUUGAUAAAAAUGAAUUUUUAAAUAAGUCAUUUUUAUUAUUGUGUCCACGUUCAAAAUAUAACAAAACAUAUGGAACCCAAAUCUCACUUUUAAUUCGGCUUUAUGUUUAAUUUAGGUAAAAAUUAUUUUGUAAGAAUUUAAUGAAUUUGUUUUUAACCACCGUACUAAGAUAAACUCGAAUUUGUUUUUGAUGGAAUGUUAAUUAGAUUUAACAUCAUUAUUAUCUUGCUUUUAAUUAGUACUAACAUAUCUUUUAAAUAGUGCUUUUUCACAUACAUAUAAAUUAUGUAUGUCAAGAAAAGACUGUCAUUGAAAAUACAUACAUACAGUGUCUAGAUUUUAAAUGUACAAUUUUAACUUCCGUGUAGGUACCUUUUUAUCCAUUCCGUAGUUAUAGCAUAUGAUGCCUGUUAUUUUUUGUGUGUUCAGUAUAUGUUUAGCUCUUAUAGGAAAACCAUAGUGGGUAUGCCAUACAAGUAUAAUGGUAAAUUUAUAUUUUUUCAUUAUUUUCCUUUAAUGUAUUUCUUUAAAUUUCUAAUCCAGCUUAUACUAUUUAUUUUUACUCAGGUGCUUUUGGCAUUUCCAUUUAUUUUUAAAAUGUAUUCUCAAUCUAUCUCUUUUUCUCUAAAUUAACAUAUCUCAAGAAACAAGCGCUCAAAUGUGAGUGAAUUAUGAAAAUUAUAUUCCUUCAAUUAUAUUGCAUCAAAUGCAGCCUUGCCUAAAAUUAUUGAAAUUAGAUCUACAUUCACGACAAGGCAAUGUGCAACAUUAGUAGCAAACUUUCAUGUAAAUACAUAGAUUAUGUACAAUUAUGUAGAAUUAAGUAACAUCUAAUCCAAUUUUUUAUUUGAUUUACAUAAUAGGAAUUUAUAAAAUCAUGCAAUAUUGACUCAAUGAAUGCCUUAUUAGGAAUAAAGACAAUAUCAGAUGAAAAUUAUAAUUAAGAUGUCUCGGAAAAUAUAUUUAUUUUAUAUUCAAUAUUGAAUCAAUCGGUUUAUGUAGAAUUAUAGAUAUAUCUUAGCUUCAUUACUAUGUUGAUAGAAUAAGAAGUGUCUCAUAGAAUUUAAGCAUCUAUUAUAAAUAAUGAUCAAUUAUAUUUUUACAUACAAUGGAGCACAGUAAAAUACUGUUUUAUGUCAAAGAAAUAAUGUUUCUUUUUACCCGACUGCCGAAGGAGGAGGGUAAUGUUUUUAUUUUAAUGAAUGAUGUAUGUACAAAAUACCCGUCCAGGAUAAUUAUGUUAAAGAGCUCAGAAUCUCAUAUUUAUGUGUACUUGAUGACCUGUAAGCAAGUUACUUAAGUAGAGUCCGUCCAAAAUUACCAAUGACUGAUAAUGAUUUUUUACAUUUUGUAUUAUUAUUAUGUAUUUGUGUGUAUUAUCGUCAAUAAGUUGUUAUUUUGUUAACAGCUUUGUGAAUGCGUAAUUAGUAGAAGAGUGACAUCCAUUAAUCUCUUCAUAGAUUUAUUUCUGAAUAAAAGCCCUCAAUAUAA